CUGAGCUCAGUGUGUACUGCAAUGCAACGGAAAAUAUGCGUGUUUACCAAAGUCGUUUCGGUAGAACGGUGUCGUGUGUUGCGUCACGUUUAAGGAAAUUGAUAGUGCGCCGAGGUCGACGUGACUAACAUUUUCGCUUCUUGUGUUCAUUUGUGAUUAAAUUUUCAUUUCUCUAAUUCGUAUUUAAGUGUGGUGCUGUGAUUUACAAUCAAAAUGAAAUUUAUUUUAUCCCAUCCCGUUCCUCCCUGUGGGUGGAGGCCAGACAAAUGUCCGAUGUUCAACACGCCACGCGACCGACAUAACCUUGUGACGCCAAGUAUCAAAAUGAACUUCCGAAGAAGAUCAAAUCGCGGGGUAAAGAUGCGCACAUGAUCCACGAAGAACUUGUCCAGCUCAUGAAAUGGAAACAGGCCAGAGGAAAAUUCUACCCGCAGUUAUCGUAUCUGAUAAAAGUGAACACGCCACGAGCUGUGAUGCAAGAGACGAAAAAGGCCUUCCGCAAACUGCCCAAUAUCGAAUCCGCGAUGACCGCUCUAAGCAAUCUCAAAGGCGUGGGAACGGCCACAGCAUCAGCAUUAUUAGCUGCCGCUAGUCCAGAAAUAGCACCGUUUAUGGCUGACGAAUGCGUCCAGGCGAUCCCCGAAAUGGAAGGCAGCGAUUACACAGCAAGGGAAUACCUCAAUUUCGUAAGCCACAUACGAAACGUCUGUGAUAGGUUAAACGAGGAACAAAACGGCUGCGGCAAGAAAUGGUUUCCACACAUGGUAGAGCUGGCCCUCUGGACGCACAACAUUGUAUCGGACUUACAACCACAGCUAUUAGGGAAAGAGCCCAACAACCGUCCGGCUGCAAACGGCGGCUCUCCCCUUCCCAGUGACGAAAGCAACCUAGAGCCCCCGGCGACAAACGGUAACGGUAAACUCGUAACGGACUGCGUGAAUGAGGAUACCACGACGUCGUGCACAGAAGACUCGAUGGACGCGAAAGCUGCCUCCCCCUCCACCCCCGCCACCCCCGCCACUCCAGCGUCACCCUCAGACAACUCAGACUCUGCAGUCAGCACGCCACGAACUAAAAGGCAAUUGGAGGAAGGUAGUUCGGCGGAAGAAAACUCACUGGGAGACUCGUCUGAGGCCACGCUACCUAACAUUGCAAAGAAACUAAGGAAAGCCACACACUGACACCCGCGCGGUCCCCCACCAAACCCCUCGUAAAUAACUUCAUAGACUUAAAUAUUGUACCUAGGUAAUUUAUUUUCGAUUCCGUUAAAUUUUAACUUAGAACUAAGUUAACGAAUACCGGUCGGUUUUUGUAAGUUUUAUAGGGUAUUAAUUGAUAAUUGAUUAAUUGAAUACUAAUUAAAUGUUUUUCGGAUGUGUUUCGAUGGCUCGUCGGGCGUCUCCUUCGAGAGUAUGAGAUUGUACAAUAUAUUAUAAAGACGUGAGUGUAGUCGUGGCUCGCGACUGAGAGAGCCCAGCGUUAGUUUACGUUUGUAAUGUUUCGUUUUUUUUUUUGAAUGUAUGAAAAGUUCGUAACGCGCGAGACAUUCCACUAAUUGUAAAAGUGAUAUUUCGGCGGCGACGGUCCUCCGCCGUUACCGAGUUCCGGUUUGUGUUCGAAUGGUCUCGUCAAUCUUCAGUUUCUAUCGAAAAGGUUCAUUCAUAUUUUUUUUUUUUUGGAAGCAAGCACGGUCCUUGUACAUUAUAAGACUAUAAUUCACAUGAAAAGUUACUAGAAUACGAGCGGAGCGAGAAUAUUUUUGCUCAACACCAACAAUUUGUGGGGCACGUAAAUAGUGACGUCAUUAUUCAAUAGUCUGUCCUCGUCUAGUGCUUAUGAACGCGGUGAACAAAUUUUAAGACAAUCAGCCAACACGCUGUAUUUUUAAUUAGGUUAUUUCAAAUAAAAUUAACCCCGAUAUUCUCGAUUGCUGGUAUUCAAGAACCGUCCUUAUGUAGAUGGCCGUAAGAUUGGCGACUCCAUCCGAGGUCAGGAAGCCUAAUCGACCAGAAGGUCGUCACACUCACACCAUUGCCUUAUGACACAGUCUGCCCGCAGAGUUUAUAUGCAACAAGAGAAUACAAAGGUCGUGUUACCCGGGUCCCGGGCACACGGGCCCACAAUGUAGUUUUUAAUGAACAAAUAUAAGAUAUUAAUUUUAUAAA